AUACGUACACUGCAUACGUUCGUCUGUAUGUGUGUGCCGUGUCCAAAUAUUCGUCUUAUUGGAAUUGGUUGGAUACCUAUAAGAUAUUAUAUUGUUAUCGUUCGGACGGAUUUCAUUUUUUUUAAUAAAUUUCUCCGAACCCAAUAAUAUUUCCUGUUGACUUCUUCUUUAACUUCAACUAAAAAAAACUGUCCACAAUAAUUCCAAGCAUAAAUUUUCAUCAAGAACAUCAAUAAAGUAUCUCAUUCUCUUUAAUUGGAUUAUCACUUUAACCGCCCCCGACCACAAAACACAGAACUAAGAAACAAAACAUAACAUAGAGCAGCAAAUAAACUUGUGGAUUCCAUUGGUGGAAAAUUGAUUUUUUUCUAAUUGGAUUUUGGAUUUGUUCCUAAUAUGAAAUUGGAAAUAUUUUAUUUUUUGAAAUAACCAAAGAGAAAAUGACCACUCUACCUGCUCUGCUACGAAUCCAGGUUAUUUUAAUUCCAAUCCGUGUGUAAUUUCGAAUUUAAUUCACGGAUCGCGAUUUGUGUUUUUGAGUGAUUAAUAAUUUAUUAAAAAUACCCAAUCUUACCAAAAAGUGAAGAAUGUCUACGUCCAUUAAGUGAUCGUGAUUACCUUACGUAUCUUUAUCUAAAAAAGUAUCUGCAUAUGUAUAAUACCUUACUACUACUAUUCUACCACGUCGGUCAUCAAAGUACCACUACAUUUUCUUGUGAUUUUACUACAAAACAAUCUACAAAGCUUCCAACCUAUCUAUCUACCUACUUACCUGCAUCUUUAUUCAAUACAGCAUCCAAAUUGGUGGAAUAGGAAUCACGGAUAACUAAACUAUUCUGAAUUCUGAUUACGAUUGCAGUUUUUCGAGUUCUUUUUUUUUUCAAUUUUUGUUUUAUUCUAUGCACUUACUGUAAUCAUUUACCUUCAUGGUGUAACUUAAAAUUUAGUGUCGUUUCGUUUCGUUGUUGUGAUUGUGUAUGUGAAAGAAUGUAAAGUGAGUAAAACAACUCAAAUUUAAGCAGAAUUAUAAAAAUUUUGUGUGUUUGCUUAAAUAAUAAUUGUUAACUCAACAUUUAAUCUCACGGCUGGAGAAAAGAAACAAAAAAUCGCACCUUGCAGCAGAAAAAUUUUAUCAUCAAAUGGUCUGAUAAGCUGGUGAACUAGGUAAUGCUGUUCAAGAUGCUUUCGUCAUUGCUGUUGAACAGCAGGCUCGCGAACGUUUGCAACGUCUAUCGGCGCUCAAACGGGUCACACCAGUUGAUAUGUCACAACUAUCAAUUAAGUUAAAUCAACAAAACAGCGUCAAAGGUGGCCAAACAACAAAUCAAGAUUUAAGUUUUCUCAAAGAAGCAUCUCCAAUUUAUGUGACGUCGUUUACCAGUAAUCACACAACAGCGGGAAUAUCGACGAUAACAACAGCUACUGCGGCAUCUAUAGCUCCAACACCUUCGUCACUAGUUUUUACGCCACCAAUUGCUAAUUCAACAACACCUUCGGACAAGAACGCCAAUACAACAACAUCAAUAGCGGAAAAAGGAACAGUUACUUCAACAGGGUUGCCAUCAACAACAGCAGUUACCCUUAUACCAAAUCACUAUCCAAUUACAAACAGCAUAAGCAAUAGUUACGCACAAAUUCAUAAAAAUUGCACAAUAACAUCCUCGAAUGCAAGUCAUCACAGCAAUGUAAGAUCGAUACAAACCUUUGCACCAACAAUAUACCAUAACAACGUUAAACAACCAGCAGCACCAACAGAAGAAAGUAAAGUGACUGUUACUCAGUUGCCAACACAGUUAUCAGCAAUAACUACAACAAUCAGCACCUCAACAACAUCAUCCUCAUCAUCUUCAGCUGUGGGCUCAACUAAUCCAUAUGGUGUUAGCAAUUAUCAGCAUAAUAACCAAAUUAUAAUUGGAAAUAGUUCAGGACUAAGUGGCGGUAAUAAUUUAAUCAACAAUUACACCAGCAGCGGUGGCGGUAGCGGCAGUGGCGCUGACGGUACAAUACAAAAACACCCUCACAACAUAGUUGCUUGCAAUAAUUUUACCAAUUUAAAAACGCACGCAGUUCUGGUGGAUGCAUUAGAUACAUCAACGGUAUCAACAUCACUCACUGUUGACACUCCAAUUCACAACCAAGUUCAACAACAUCCGCAUCCACAAUUGCAACAGCAACAGCAACAAAAUUAUGUGAGAUCGAACAACAUUCAAAUAAAUAAUACAUGUAGUAAUAAUUUAAUAACUAAUAAUAAUAACAUUAACAACUAUAACAAUAACAAUACAAACAGUAGUGCUUUUAUGAAUAAUAGUAUAAUAUGUAAAAACAACAAUAGCAAUAUAACAAGUAAUUUUGGAGCUAGCGAUAGCACCAAUAAUACAACAACUCCAUCGCUGUUAGAAGUUAGUGCAUUAACAACUAGUUCCGGUUCAACAUUGCCACUUGAUUAUGGUCGAAGUGAUCGGGAUUCAUUAAUGCCAAGUUGUAAUCCACCCAGACGUGAAUUAUUAAUAGCAUUUGAUGAAGGUGAUGUAGUCGAUGGUGAAAUUGGAGCAGAUGAAAGUUUACGAGCAACCGCAGCUGCAUUAUAUGAACAUUUACAUAGUAGUCAAACGAGCAUAUCAAAAGGACGUACCGAAAUUUUAUUGGGAGAUCAAUCACUACGACAGGACUUGAGGCCCCGUCGUCGAUCGGGUUCGAGCAUUGUUGUGAUUGAUGGUGAUGAUCUAAAGCCAUGUCUGCCUGACGAUUAUAUAAGUAAUCAACAUUAUCGAACGCAUUCAGAUACUAAGGACAUAGAUCCAACAAUGUUGACUAUGAUUUCUACAAAUCAAGACAAAGGUCCCCACCGAGAGAUGGCAGUAGAUUGCCCCGAUACGUUUGUAGCACGCAACAAAACACCUCCAAGAUAUCCACCACCUCGUCAAUCUGUAACUGGAACAGCAAUGAUGAUACCAGGUUCAACACCCGGUCAACCAGUAACCGUUCCACAAAUCUCAACACUCAAUAAUUCCGCUGUUCAGCUUAAUGGUUCCGCAAAGCCAGUACCACCGCCCCGUGAUCAUUUACGUAUUGAAGCAGAUGGCCGACUGGUUAACCGUGCACCAGCGCCACAACUGCCCGAUCGUAAAGUGAACAAUAACAGUUCUAUGGAUCCUAUGUUAAUGCAGCAACAACAACAAAUUGCUCAGGUAGUCCAGCCAACAUUGGAGCAGUUAGACAGCAUUAAAAAAUAUCAGGAACAACUUCGUCGUCGACGAGAAGAAGAAGAACGGAUAGCCCAACAAAAUGAGUUCUUACGCGCAAGUUUGCGUGGCUCUCGAAAGCUUAAAGCACUACAAAAUAAAACCCCUGCACAGCAGCAACAUCCUACAUCUGUCGAAGCUGUCCAAGGUGUUGAUAAUGAUGCCUAUACGGAUGAAGAGGAAACCGAGAAAAUACUUGGCUAUGGUGACUUAGUGGCUGCACUUCAAAAACUUCAAAAUCAAUUGACUAAAAGUGGUAUGGCAACUUUAGCUGGGCGAGUAACAGCUGCUCAAAACAUACUGCUCGGACCAGGAGUUGCUCAUGUACUCGCAGCUCGAACAACGGUCCUUCAGAGACGACGACCGCGUUUUGCCCAGCCAGUAAGUGAUAAUGCCCAAGGGCUGUCUAAAGAUAUUGUCGAAGUAUUGUCACAAUCAAAUUCUGCGACGGCGAUUGAGUUAGGAAAUUUACUAACAUCACACGAAAUGGAAGGCCUCCUCUUGGCCCACGAUCGUGUAGCGACGUUAACCGACUGUACCCCAUCUGUGAUUUCAAGCCAUUUACCCGUCAAGCCCACAGCAGUAACGCCAUCAGCAUCUGUUUCGGCAUCUGUCCGAAAUCAGCACAGACAACCGAUGCCAGUUCCAAUUCCGCAAGCACCUUUGUCAAACAGCUUUAUUAAACAACGUUCUGAAUCACCACCUUCCUUAAAUUCGCCUUUUGGAACGCUAAAAGAUCAUAACGACCACAUUCGGAUUAUUCAAAUUGAAAAAUCAUCCGAGCCAUUGGGUGCUACUGUAAGGAAUGAGGGCGAUGCUGUUGUCAUCGGACGGAUAGUGCGUGGAGGAGCGGCUGAAAAAUCAGGUCUAUUGCAUGAAGGCGAUGAAAUUCUAGAAGUUAAUGGUCAAGAACUGCGGGGAAAAACAGUAAACGAAGUGUGUUCAUUACUUGGCGCCAUGCAAGGUACCCUCACAUUUUUGAUAGUGCCUGCGAGCAGUCCCCCACCAGGAGGCGGCCGUGAUUCGGCGGUGCUCCAUGUCCGAGCCCACUUUGAUUAUGAUCCCGAAGAUGAUUUGUACAUACCAUGUCGAGAAUUGGGAAUCAGCUUCCAAAAGGGUGACGUAUUGCACGUUAUUUCUCGAGAUGAUCCUAACUGGUGGCAGGCGUACCGCGAAGGUGAGGAAGAUCAAACUUUGGCGGGCUUGAUUCCUAGUCAAUCAUUUCAACAUCAGAGAGAAACUAUGAAAUUGGCUAUUGCCGAGGAAGCGGGCUUGGCUCGUAGCCGCGGCAAGGACAGCAGUAAGGGAGCAACACUACUGUGCGCACGAAAGGGAAGGAAAAAGAAGAAGAAAGCUAGCUCUGAAGCUGGGUACCCUUUGUAUGCAACAACGGCUCCUGACGAACCGGACGUUGAAGAAAUACUCACUUAUGAGGAAGUCGCCUUAUACUAUCCUCGCGCAACGCAUAAAAGACCGAUUGUUCUUAUUGGACCGCCAAAUAUUGGACGACAUGAGCUCCGACAACGCCUUAUGGCCGAUUCGGAUCGGUUUUCCGCUGCUGUGCCUCAUACUUCCCGAGCUCGAAGAGAUGGUGAGGUUCCUGGACAGGACUAUCACUUUAUAUCUCGUACUGCAUUCGAAUCUGAUAUCUUGGCCAGACGUUUUGUCGAACAUGGCGAAUACGAAAAGGCUUAUUAUGGAACUUCACUAGAAGCAAUACGCACUGUUGUGGCUAGCGGUAAAAUAUGUGUUCUCAAUCUGCAUCCACAGAGUCUCAAAUUGCUACGAGCAUCCGAUUUAAAACCAUAUGUUGUUCUUGUAGCCCCGCCAAGCUUAGACAAACUAAGGCAAAAGAAACUACGAAAUGGCGAACCCUUCAAGGAGGAAGAACUUAAAGAUAUUAUUGCCACUGCCCGUGACAUGGAAGCUCGAUGGGGCCAUCUCUUCGAUAUGAUUAUUAUAAAUAAUGACACCGAAAGAGCAUAUCAUCAGUUGUUAGCCGAAAUUAAUUCCCUGGAACGUGAACCGCAAUGGGUACCAGCUAGUUGGGUGCACAAUGUUCGGGAUGAGUCAUAAUAAGGUUUAUACUAAGAAACAUUGAAAAUUGUUUUAAAAAAAUUAAAUACAAUUUAAAAAUAAAUGAAAAACAACAACAAAAACAAAAACAAGCGAUCUUAUGUCCAAUACUUGUUAUAACAACACGAUUUAAACAAAAAGAUUUAUUAUAAAAUUAGAAUUAAUAAAAUGAGUGUUUAAUUUUUUUUGUUUAUUUUCUAUUUAAGUUAUGCAAACAAAUAUGUAAAAACCUUUAUUAAACAAGUAUUUUAAAAGUUUAAUUUGAUUAACAUGUAUUUUGUAGUUGUACAUAAAAUAAUAUAAAUAAUUUACUGCUUCCAAAAAAAAACCCACAUUAAAUUUAAAUUGACUUUCAAAAAUGUAAACGUUACAUAAAAAUAUAAUAUACAAAUACAUUAUGUAUGUACGAAUAUGUAUUUGCAAAGAGAACUUUAGAAUAUUAGUUCUUUCCGAAUUCGAUAGCCAAGUUUUGAAUACAUUUAUUCUAUGUAUAAAGAUGAAAUUCAUGGCAUUUUUUUCCUAAAAUCAAUCGUUUUCCGAUAUAAAAUUUAUAAAUAAAAAAAGUAGAUAGUUUUAAGAAGAAUAUCUAUGUUUUGACAAAGUUUAUUAUAUAGUUUAUACAUAAAUAUAGUUCUAUAAUUUUCUCCAAAAUAAUUUUUUAAAAAUUUAACAAAAACAAAAGUGCUUAGAACACAAAACUAGAAAAAAAUGCCAUGGGAAAUAUACGAAAAAGGAUGCGAACAAUAACUAUUUUAUUUGUAUUUUAAUAAAUUAAAUAUAUUUAUAAUAAAAUCAAAAAAAUACAAAAAGAGUGGAGAGUUGAUGUAGAAUAAUUAAAAGAAUAGAAAUACCUUAUACUAUAAUAAAAACGUUAAUGUUUAAAAAAUACAAAACAAAAAAUGUGUAUAAAAAAUGUUAUGUACUAUAAAUGAUAUUUUAAAAAGUGAUUUUGGAAUAUUUUCUGGGAAAAAAAAAAACAAAAUAAGUGUUAGUCGUCUUCAAAUCUUUUGCUUUCCAACUAAAAAUCUACUUUAAGAAACCAAAAUCUACAUACACUUUUAUAACUUGUUCACAAAAUUAUGGGUGCAAACAAGUUUGGUUAGAAAUAAGGGUACGAGUUUUUAAAAAUAAGAUCAUCUUGUCAAAACUUAUUGAUCAAUUCUACAUACCCAAAAUGUUUAAAGUGUGUAACUAGAAUACUCAAAGCUUCAACUUUUUUAAAAAUAAUUUUCAUGACCUACAAAAGCUAUAUAAGCGCAUCUACUAGAUGACAAGAUGCCGGGAAUGAAGAUGAUCAAAGAUUUUAGAUACAAAAUUCUUCAAGAUCGCAAUAGAACGAACUUGAAACUAUAAUCGAGAUUCACUGCAACCACAAUUUUAUUUUUAAAAA